UCUAUUUUCUCUUAUCCAGUUCGGUGGAUCAUUUCAGUUCAGGUGGCUCUCUCAAACUUCUCCCGCUCUGUAAAAGUUUUAAUGGUCUCAUUUUCUCGACAAUCAAUGGAAUUUCUUUGAUGGGUAUGUUUUACUUUCCGAACAAUUUGUGUUAGCAGUAGCCAUAGCAGUACAUAGAAAGUGAAGAAAUGGAAGCGUUGUUAAACACAUUCCCACAUCAAAGUUGCUCAAAAGUCUUCGUUUUCGAUCCUAAAAUCGUUCAUAAGCUUCCAAUACUAAAAUUAAGAACUGGGUUUUUUACCCGAAAGCCAGAGAUUGGUUUUCUGAGAAGAAAUUGCAUAAAUUUGGGUAGAGUUGGUCAUGGUGUUAGUUCACUGAGUCUCGAUGAUGAUGAUGAUGAUCCUUUGGAUAUCAAACCUCCCAUGAAAGGGAAAAAACAACAGAAGUCGAAGUUGCUGGAAGACACUGAAGGGAUGGAUUGGUGUAUGAGGGCAAGACAGGUUGCCCUCAAAUCAAUUGAGGCGAGAGGGAUGACUCGUACAAUGGAGGAUUUGGUCACUGUAAAGAAGAAGAAGAAGAAGAGCAAGAACAAGAAGCUUGGAAAGAAAGAGAAAAUUAAUAGGAAACUGGAAGAGGAUUUGUAUAAUGACUCGGAGGAUGGCUUUGAAUUGCAAGAUAUGAGAAAUUUUGAUGAUGCUGAUGUACUAAGGAGGAACGUGAGUAUGAUGGCAGGUGGGAUGCUUGAAGAAAAGAAGGAGAAGACAAUGGAAGAAUUUGUUCAGAGGCUAUCCCAAUUUUCAGGGCCCUCUGAUCGCAGGAAAGAAAUUAAUUUGAACAAAGAUAUUGUAGAAGCACAGACUGCUGAGGAAGUGUUGGAGGUUACUGCGGAGACAAUCAUGGCUGUUGGGAAAGGAUUGAGCCCCUCGCCUCUCUCUCCUUUGAACAUUGCCACUGCUCUUCAUCGUAUUGCUAAGAAUAUGGAGAAGGUUUCAAUGAUGGAAACGCGUAGGCUGGCUUUUGCCCGACAAAGAGAGAUGUCUAUGCUUGUGGGUAUUGCCAUGAAAGCCUUACCAGAAUGUUCAGCUCAAGGUAUCUCGAAUAUUUCGUGGGCGUUGUCCAAGAUUGGAGGUGAGCUGCUUUAUUUAUCAGAAAUGGAUAGAGUUGCAGAGGUGGCAUUCACCAAGGUUGGAGAGUUCAAUUCUCAGAAUGUUGCUAAUGUUGCGGGUGCUUUUGCUUCAAUGCAUCAUUCUGCUCCUGAACUCUUUUCAGAAUUGUCAAAAAGGGCAUCGGAUAUAAGUCACACUUUCCAAGAGCAGGAACUUGCUCAGGUCUUGUGGGCUUUUGCGUCUUUAUAUGAGCCUGCUGACCCUUUGCUUGAAUCUUUAGAUAAUGUCUUCAUGGAUGCUAGCCAAUUUAAAUGCUGCUUAAGUAAAGAAACUUUAAAUAUUAGUGAGCAAAGUGGUGUGGACAUCAGUAGAGAUCUUGGCUUUGAUCAAGUUUUAGGAUCUCCUGUCCUCAAUUUUAAUAGGGAUCAGCUUGGGAAUAUAGCUUGGUCAUAUGCUGUUUUCGGACAAAUGGACCGUAAUUUCUUUUCUCAUGUAUGGAGAACUCUGAGCCGCUUUGAGGAGCAAAGGAUUUCGGAGCAGUAUAGAGAGGAUAUCAUGUUUGCUUCUCAAGUUCAUCUUGUGAACCAGUGCUUGAAGCUAGAAUGGCCACAUCUUCAGUUAUCUUUAACAGGUGCUCUUGAGGAGAAAAUUGCUCGUGCAAGAAAAACUAAGAGGUUUAAUAAAAAAGUGACUUCAUCAUUUCAAAAGGAGGUAGCUCGUCUUCUUUUUAGCACUGGCCUUGAUUGGGUCCGAGAAUAUGUUGUCGAUGGGUAUACUUUAGAUGCAGUUUUGGUUGAUAAGAAGGUUGCUUUGGAGAUUGAUGGGCCAACUCAUUUCUCAAGGAAUACUGGGGCACCUUUAGGACAUACCCAGGUGAAGCGCCGCUACAUGACUGCUGCUGGUUGGAAGGUCUAUUCAUUGUCUCAUCAAGAGUGGGAGGAGCUUCAAGGUAGCUCCCUGCAAUCAGAAUACCUAAGAGAAAUUCUCAAAGAUCACUUGGGUGAAAAACAGCAACAUUGCAUGAGUAGAGAGAGGUAAGAAUAUUGUCAAGCAAUUGAGUUGAGGUGAAAUUUUGGCAGGGAAUUCAGUAGAACAAAAGUUCCUUUAACAUUUAUCAGUGAAGUAUAUUGUGAUUUCCAUGUUUGUUGUGGAAAUGUGUGGAUGGCGUGAAUUAGACAUCAACAACUCUACAGCAUGGGAAGAAGCAAAGACAAGUUUUUGGUAAUUUGACGAUGUUUUGUUUUCUCCAGCAUCUCUUUUACUCUUCUUCAAAGAAUUCAUCCAAAAUGCUCUAUACAAGGCUGAGACAUGGUGUCCAGGUGACCAGGCCUGGGGGCGCUUUGGAGCUACUUUUAGACGAAUUUGGCUUAGGUUCUGUAAAAAAAAAAAAAAAAAAAAUUACAGUAUAUGUGGUGUAGGUUUUUCAAUGGUUUAGAUUUAAUUUUAUUCUUUCUCUUUUAAAUUUGCACCGUUGAAAAAAAUUAAAGUACUUGCAUUAUAAUUUUUUUUACUGCACCUAAGGCUUGUGUCUCUCAUUGGAAUUUGGAUCAUCUUUGGUCCAAAUGAACUGUAGAGAAUUCAGUUCUUGUAAAAGUAAGGACAAAAUUGUCCCAAAAAAUAUGAAUAGACAAUUUUACCCUUACUUUUACAAGAAUUACAUUGA